ACCCGGACGACGUUGGGCCAAUUGUGCGCUGCCCUAUGAGACUCCCAAUCACGGCCGGAUUCAGCCUGGAUUCGAACCAGGGACUGUAAAACCGCUGCGCCACUCGGGAGCCCACUUGUUGAAAUGGAUAAUGCUGUCAUGGGUCUUAGAUGUUAUAAUGGUAGCCCACCAAGGAAUGGCUCAGUAAAUGCAAAUGAAGAUCGAAUGCAUGGGUCAGCCAUGAAUGAGAACCCCCCAACCCCACAUAUCAACAAAGAGCAGCACUGUUCAAUAGAGCCCGAUGCGGUGGAGGAGAACUGCCGCGCGCAGGUGAACGUGGCGCACAGCUUGGGCUUUUCAUCUUCUAACUGGAUGACGAAACGAAAACACGGAGCGCAUCUCUCGUGUGUUAAAUCAGCGGUGAAGCUGUGAACGUUCAGUGUUAGAUUCAUAAAGCGAGUUCCCGGGCGGGGCAGAGGGAGGGGAGGUCUGCGCCUAUCACCUUUUGUAUCAGCGCGGAAGCACAGCCAGCACAUGAGCGCGGACAGACGGCUGUGCGGGGAGAGAGCGACCCAGAGGCUACACAGGGAAACCAAGCACCGCAGUCCAGGCAGGAAGGAUGGGGAUGUGGGAACGGCGUCUGUGCUUCUGGAGAUAAGUCUGAUUUAGUGAUUGAAGUGUCUGGAAAGAAACUUGAAGCGCAUAAAGCCGUUUUGGCUGAGAAAAGUGACUAUUUCAAGGCGCGGCAGUUCCGAGACGUAUGCCGAUUAAAGGGGUUCAAGCUGCUGUCGAUAAAAUGUCGGAGCAGAUUACCGAUGAGAACUGCUAUGAGAUUUUGACAAUAGCCAAAAGGCAAUGUAUCGGUGAAUUGAAGCAGAAAGCCUACAAGCACAUGAGUGACAAUUUAUUGGAAAUACUGCGUGAUCCUGCUGUCUAUGGGCGUUUGACGGGAGGGGAGAGAGAGCUGAUUCUCACUAUGAGAAUGGAGGGAAAGAGGGCGUUGGUGGUGGCUGAAAUCAACGAGGUGUAUGACCGCGCCGGGAGCAGACCUCCAAGCCGUGAGAACAGUCGCCCCCAGAGCCCUCUAUCGAUGGUGUCCCUGGAGGAGAACCAUGUGAUUUACUAUUACAACGAGGAGACAAAGGACUGGAAAGUGCUGACGAAGAUGCCGGAUGAAAUCAACACAAAGGGCUCUGGGAUAUGCACCAUGUACAAUUAUCUAUUCGUAGCAGGUGGAAUCAAAGUGCAGGGCGACAAAGGCAAAGUCUCAGACAAGGUGUUCUGCUACAACCCUCUCACUGACAGCUGGAGCGAAAUACGACCGCUCACCCAGGGUCGGUCUCAGCUCAAACUGGUGUCCAUGGACGGGUACCUGUUUGCAAUCGGAGGGGAGUGUCUCUUCACCGUGGAGAAAUACGAUCCUCGCACUGACAGAUGGAGCCCUGUGGCGCCGCUACCAAAAGGGGCGUUCGCUGUUGCGCACGAGGCAACGACCUGUAAUGGAGAGCUGUUCGUAUCCGGAGGCUCUCUCUUUUAUCGUCUGCUAAGAUAUGACAAUAGAAGAGCUGACUGGGAGGAAUGCCCGUUCAACAACAGCAGGAAGAAAUCCACCGACAUGGUGGCGUUCAAAAACUUCAUCUACAGGUUUGACGUCAACCGUGACUAUGGCGUCAACGUGUUCAAAUACAACACUGUGGUGAAAAUAUGGCAUGACAGUGCGUCCCUGGAGCAGACCAACCCCUUGCCCUUUCGCUGUGCUGUCAUUGGCAACACUAUUUACUGUGUGAACAAGUCCCAAACAUUGCAGUUUGUUGUGGAAGAGGAGAAUGAACAGUUUUUGCCUGAGGCAGAAGCACUCAAAGCACCUGUAGAGGCUAAAGGCGCCCUUGUUCCAUUUGUCCUGUCUCUGCCCAAGACAGCCUGAGACAGAAUAAUGAACAAUAUUUACCUAUUUUUGGAGACUCACUAAAGCGGCCUCAGAAAUGUCAUUUGAGGACAAAAUAUGUUGUGUUUGAUAAAAGACUGUGAUAAGAAUGAUAAAUUAAAUAAUUUGUCCAUUUUCAUGAACAGUAUUUGUAAUUCCUACCAGAGGACACUAAUAUUGUGAUAGGCUUCUCUUAUCUUGCCUCUAUGGCUAUACACUUCAACAGCUCUACAGAAACAAUGUAGCCUACUGUAUAGACCUAGGUGAUGUCAAUAGGCAGAACUUUUUCAUCAACAGCACUGCCAAAGCAAUAUUUAUUCCCAAGUGUUUCUAAUUCAAUGUCAAUAUAACUAUUGCAUGAUUCAAAUAGUUUUCCUCUCUGAGAGUAUUACCUGUUAUUACUAAGUGGAAACAUUGCCGUGUUCUUUCUUAGAGUAGGAAUAAAACGUGUUGCAAAGCAGCUUUUGCCAAAGGCAGGGGAGAUAUACACAAUGGGAGAUAACAGGGAUCCCUGUUGAUUUAAUAUAACCUAGCUACUAUGACUUUAUUACAGGGAAUGAUAGAACAUCCCAUCAUAUGGUAAAGGAUUAGCAGCAUCAAGAAACCGAUUUGAAUGUCUAAGGAAAGUCUGGUUUGAGUGGCUAUAUUGUCUAUUAGUCUGUGGCCUGGAUAAUGACAUGAAUUUCUCACAUUACUGUAAGUAUGGCAUCUUUAGAUGGACUUGUCUUCCAAACCCUCUCAGCCCUGAUGCCCUGACCACAGGCGGACAGUCUCAUUUUGGAGCUGGACAUAUAGACACAUAAUGCCAACUCUCCAAAAUGUGCUGAGUUAGGCACUAAACAUAUUUGUGAGAUUCAUGUUUUUUGAUUGUGCAAUAGUUUAUUUAUCAAUACAUCAAUGGACAGCAGUUUGUGAAACGAAUGUACUCGACAGCAUGUUGUGAAAUUCACAGUUGGGAUAGUUGCUGUUGCUGCACAGCUUCCUUUUAUUUAUUUAAACUUAAUUAACCUUCCUUAUAGAGCGCCUGGAGAGGGCUAAGGCUGUUUACAGCAGGACCAGGGCUAAGGCUGUUUACAGCAGGACCAGGGCUAAGGCUGUUUACAACAGGACCAGGGCUAAGGCUGUUUACAACAGGACCAGGGCUAAGGCUGUUUACAACAGGACCAGGGCUAAGGCUGUUUACAGCAGGACCAGGGAUAAGGCUGUUUACAACAGGACCAGGGCUAAGGCUGUUUACAACAGGACCAGGGCUAAGGCUCUUUACAACAGGACCAGGGCUAAGGCUGUUUACAACAGGACCAGGGCUAAGGCUGUUUACAACAGGACCAGGGCUAAGGCUGUUUACAACAGGACCAGGGCUAAGGCUGUUUACAACAGGACCAGGGCUAAGGCUGUUUACAACAGGACCAGGGCUAAGGCUGUUUACAGCAGGACCAGGGCUAAGGCUCUUUACAACAGGACCAGGGCUAAGGCUGUUUACAACAGGACCAGGGCUAAGGCUGUUUACAACAGGACCAGGGCUAAGGCUGUUUACAACAGGACCAGGGCUAAGGCUGUUUACAACAGGACCAGGGCUAAGGCUGUUUACAACAGGACCAGGGCUAAGGCUGUUUACAGCAGGACCAGGGCUUUGCUCCAAUGUGUGCUUUGCCUGGUCACCCAGUCCAGCCAGCAGGGACAAAGAGAGGGUAAUUCACUCAAGACUCAAGGGAAAAGACUCGCUGUGAAAUGAGAAUAUGACCUUGUCUGUCUGUCUGCCAGUGAAUGAAAACGCACGCACGCACGCACGCACACACACACACACACACACGGUGUGAGGCCUGUGACUUGCUGCCAAGUCUCGGUGGGCCCAUAUGCUGAUGGUCUCUGCCCUAAGGUGUGCCAUGUCUACUUACUGUGGGAGCCUAUAGGCUCUAACAAUAGAAUCAAUAAUCCCCUCACCUCUCUGUUAUAGUAAUAGAUCCUGUUUCAAAGGAAUGACAUUCAAAGACAUGAAGUCACCCUUACAGUAUGUCGUUAUUUUAUCCUGUUCAGUGAAGAGUGCACCUUUGAAAAUGUAGCUGCCUUUCCGUGCCGCACCCAUUGCUGAGGGCAAGGCCAGGUUUUAAUGUACUGUAACUUCAAGCCCUAUCUUCCUCUGUCUUUUAGGGUGUUUCUUACUGCAAUAAAACCCUUUUUUGAUUAUAUAAAAAAAAGUUUAUUGAUUAUUAUUUUUGUUUUUAUAUGACAAAGAUCCCGCCGCUAAGGUCUAUAUUCAUCUUGCUGCUGGGUCUAAUCAAAAGUCUUCAUGAAUGAGCAUGCUGUGUGAGUUAUUAAGUUUAUGCUGUGUGAGUUAAGUUUAUGCUGUGUGAAGUUUAUGUGGACCAAGGCAAUCGUACUGCCGAACGAAUGGCCAUAGGCUAAUAAUACUAAUUCAAGGCUUGUGAGCUUGUGAGUGAUGGUGUUGGGUGUUUCAGUAUGUUUGAAUUGCUGUAAUAAAAAUAGUUAUUUGGAUCUCCCA